AUGUCACCGAAAGUCGCACUGAUAACUGGGGCAUCGCGAGGCGUUGGGGCCGCCGUCGCUCAUGCGCUCGCCGCCGACGGCGAUACCAGUAUUAUGCUAAACUAUGGAUCCAACCCAGAGCCCGCAGAAAGGCUUAUUCAAGAACUAAACGCCUUGAGAGAUAAUGAUACUCUGUCGGCAGAAUCCCCUCCAUUUCAGGCUCUAAAAGCAGACAUGGCAGAUAGAGCUGAUAUUUGUCGGUUGGUGAACCAAACGGUUCAGGAGAUGGGCCGUUUGGAUAUCGUGGUCUCGAAUGUUGGCUGGACACGAAUGACAGAUUUUGCGAAUCUUGACGAAGCCGACGAUGAGGCUGACUGGGAUCGGUGCUUUAACAUGAAUGUUAAGAGCCAUUUUUUCCUAUUCCAGGAAUGCAGGAAGUAUCUAGAGAAGACCCAGGGGGCGUUUAUUGCUACAGCGAGUGUUGCUGGCGUCAAGCCAAGCGGUAGCUCCUUGCCGUAUGCUGUAACGAAAGCUGCUCUUAUCCAUCUCGCCAAAAGCCUGGCAGCCAUUGCAGCGCCAAACAUUCGAGUAAAUACAGUCUCACCCGGUGUCUUGCUCACGUUCCUUGCGAACUCCAAAUCCAUUACUGGGAUGAAUGUCGUCAUCGAUGCUGGGUUCUUACUGUAG